CGGGGCCUCCUGGGCAUGGCUAGGGCGGCCCAACAAGACCCAUUUCGCGAUGCCCACACACGGGCACACAGAGUCCAUCAUUCUGAAAGAAAAAAAAAACUCCUACUAGGGAAUCUGCUCCCGGCGCACGCCGGCCGGAUCGCCGGCCUCCCGCCGUCGGCGCACCCCAGGAAGAGAGAUCGGCUCGGUUCAUCUGAGGAUUUGCGGAGGGCGGCCAUGGAGGGGGCGGAAGCUCCUCUCCCCGUCCCCACGGAGAAGCUCUCCAUGGAUCCAAAUCGGGAUGGGGGGAAUCGAGGUGGUGUGGUGCUGGUGGCCACCGGCAGCUUCAAUCCCCCCACCUACAUGCACCUGCGCAUGUUCGAGCUUGCAAAGGACGAGCUGCAGCAGCGAGGGUACUGUGUUUUGGGUGGAUACAUGUCGCCGGUGAACGACGCCUACAAGAAGAAGGACCUCUUGCCGGCUGCUCACCGGGUUCGCCUCUGCGAAUUGGCGUGCCGAAGCUCGUCUUUCGUGAUGGUUGAUCCCUGGGAGGCAAUGCAGAAAGGUUAUCAGCGCACCUUGACCGUUCUAUCUCGAGUUAAGAACUCUCUAUGCAAGGAUGGCUUAGCUGAUCAAGGUGGUGUCAAGGCAAUGCUUUUGUGUGGUUCUGACCUUCUCGAGUCAUUCAGCACGCCAGGGGUUUGGAUUCCAGAUCAGGUCAGGGCCAUAUGUAAAGACUUUGGUGUUGUCUGUAUUCGUAGGGAAGAAAAAGAUGUUCAAAAGCUAAUAUCCAGCAGCGAGACACUGCAAGAAUGCAGGGAUAACAUCAUUUCGGUUGAUGAGAUUGUGCCAAAUCAGAUCAGUUCAUCCAGAGUAAGAGAAUGUAUAAGAAAACAUCUCUCGAUAAAGUAUCUUACUUGCGACGAAGUAAUCGGGUACAUUAGAGAGCACAGACUGUACAUGGAAACUGGAGAGAGUGAUACCAGAUCAUGACAAUGUUGCAAGCCUUUCGGAACGACCGUCGAGCAUGGACUGUGCCGCCUUGGGCUUCAAUGUUAUGAUAAAAUCUGAACUAUCAGCGACAAGCUGCCAUUAUCAUGAAUGGGUCCGACUGCCUUUGAAGCAUCAUGAAUGGAUGCAAAUGUAUGGAGACCAGUAGGCUAUACACAAUACUUGCUACUAGAAGGUUCUUGAAUCUUCCUUACAUUGUUGUCAAUGUAUCGGUCUUUCGACCAACAGAAUAUAUCGCUAAUAAAGCAUUUAUAUGACAUGAAA